CACGCCCACCAUUGUACGGGCACGAGCACGCCGCCGUUCUCUUCGCAGUCUGCGCGGCCGCUUCAGGCUGGCCCUGGGGGCGGGGCUGUAGGGGAAAGAGCCAAAACCGUUGAGUGAAGUGAGAAUUCUACUAGAAAGGAAAUGGCUGCUUCUUCAUCGUCCUCCUCAGCUGGCGGGGUCAGUGGAAGUUCUGUCACUGGAUCUGGUUUCAGUGUCUCUGACCUUGCCCCACCUCGGAAAGCCCUUUUCACCUACCCCAAAGGAGCUGGGGAGAUGUUAGAAGAUGGCUCUGAGAGAUUCCUCUGUGAAUCUGUUUUCAGCUAUCAAGUGGCAUCUACGCUCAAACAGGUGAAACAUGAUCAGCAAGUUGCUCGGAUGGAAAAACUAGCUGGUUUGGUAGAAGAGCUGGAGGCAGAUGAGUGGCGGUUUAAACCCAUCGAGCAGCUGCUGGGGUUCACACCCUCUUCAGGUUGACCGUGCCUGGAUGGUAACCUCUGGUGCGUACAGCAAGUGCAGGGCCAGCGAGGGACUUUUCUUACAGUUUACAUAGCCGUCCAGAGACUCACAGCUCCAUCGCUGAACUGUUCAUUCACAUCAGUACUUGGUUUCUCUGUAUCUAUCCACAAGCAACAAACAUUUAAAUGUGUGAUCAUGCAGGGAAAUUUUCUUUUUGUUUGAAAAAAGCAUUGAGAAUUAGUUUGAGACAGUUGGCAUAAGUGAACCAGGAGGUUUGGGUUUAAGAGAUUCAUAAAACUUCACAAGCCAGAUCGGGCACAUGCCAGGAUUGGCCAACUGAAUGGCUUCUGGCAUUCAUGCAGUGCAUAGAAUCCCCACCAGUCAAGUCCAGGUCAGGACCUGGAAUUAUAAAAUACAGUAUUUCUGACCUAAAAUGUUCUUUUUUGCAGAUGAAUGUGAUUUCAACUCAGGACCUGUCUAAAUGAGGAAUUUUUAAAUGAUUGGGGUUUUUUCUAUUUUUAGACACCUAAUUCUAUAGAUUCUAACUUUUUCUAACCUUCUAGACAUGCCAAUGCUGGCAAAAAGAAUUGUUUUUUGAAUGUUGAAGCGCUUGUAAGAAUAAAGCAGUGAGCAAAAUCCUUUAGACACAGAAAUCCUGAGUUCCUCCUGUUGAUGGGCUCAAGCAAUUCUGUAGCAAAUAAAUCCUUUGAAAGAGCCCCAAAUUUGUUUCUUUAUCUUCUCAAAGUCUCAGGGAUUUGGGAUAGGGGGAAGAGGUCAGAUUAUUUUUUAUAAGAAGAAAAUCUGAAAACCCUUUCUCCUAAAUGAAUGGUAGAUUUGCUUUACCUCGGGAAUAUUUCUCUUACCAGUAUUGGAGUAGGUUUUUAUAUCAUGGUAGGGAAAAAACUUGGAAAGCUAAAAGGUAUCCUUUGCUCUCCCUCAUGGAACCCAGGGUCCACAGUGACAGAAGAAUCAUAUUUAUUAGAUUUUAUGCAAAUUUUGCCUCAGAAACAUUCGCCUUUCUCCUCAUUAAUAGUUUUUACUUGACCUGCUUAGAGUUGCUUCUUCAUGAAUAAAUAUAAUCUCAGUAGCAGCUGGGCUUAAUCUCAGGAGUUCAAAGCGUUUAACACAUACUACCUGACAGGGAAGUGGUGACCUCACUGAAUCGGUGAGGAGUCUGAGCACAGAGAUGUUACAGACCUGCUCAUGGUCACAUAGCCCAGGCAGAAGAAAACCCUGGAACCUGGAAUAGGUCAGUUGAUUGAUAAUUCAGCCCACUACUCUUGCCUUUAAAGCACAUCAGUGCACAAAAACCACUAGCCCACAAACUCAUCUGUUUCCAAAAUAACACUCCUUAACCCCCACACAAGUUCAAUAUUUAAAAACCAAACAGUUUCCUAACAUGUUUUUUAGCAUCAACCUUGUGGAUUAUUAUCAAAGAAAAAAAUAAA